AAACCAAAACAAUUAAUUGAUUAAAUAAAAAGACAUGGAUCCUUUGUUCAAUUAUUGUAAAUGUAAAUUCUCUUUUUGUUCAAUCAUUGUCAAUGUAAAUUCUCUUUCUCUUGCUGGUUGAGGAAAACACCAUGGAAAAUACCCAACAUGUUUCUCCUCAUUCAUGUGAACAAUCCAUUGAUAACAAAAGCUCUAAUAAAACUGUCAAUGAAAAGUUCAAAAAGCCUUUCGUAAACAUAGGAAGACGGCAUCGAGCUGGUUUCUUCGACAAGAUCUCGCAUCUCGAUUUGAAGGAAUCGUUAGGUGCCGACAAAGAGAGGGCGGUAGAUGAGCCGUUUCCGACAGAUGAUACUCUUGAGGAUUGUUCGACAAGUGAAGAAGAAUCUAUAGAUUCGAGUAUGGCGUCGGUAGCAAUAGAAUCUGCUGAAUCCGAACCGGUUCCUUAUGCCAGCACUUCGUCGGCGGACUUCGAAAACCAACGUCAUUCGAACACGAGCAUUCACUGGCGUGAUUUCUUUCGGACGCGGAAAAAGAGACAAGGAGUUUCUUCUCAAGGCUUGCCUAUAAAACCGAAGCUCACUCGAAGAAAGAAGAAAAGAAUCAAAGGUGACGUUGUUCCACAAAUUUCUUCGUCUCUUGAUGCCGAACUGUCCUGUUUUAAAUCUUCCUGGAAGAACUUCUCGUUAUCGGAGCUUCGGGAAGCGACCGAUAACUUCAGUCGCGAAAAUUUGAUAGGAGAAGGAGGGUAUGCAGAAGUUUACAAAGGGAGAUUGAAAGACGGAAAGUUCGUUGCCAUCAAGCGACUAACCAGAGGUUCACCCGAAGAGAUGACAGUGGAUUUCUUGUCUGAGCUCGGGAUUAUAGUUCAUGUCGAUCAUCCAAAUAUUGCUCAAUUGAUUGGGUACGGAGUUGAUGGAGGGAUGCACCUUGUUCUUCAAUUGUCUCCUCAUGGAAGCUUGGCAUCAUUACUUUACGGCUCAAAGGAGAAGCUAAAUUGGUGCAUUCGAUUCAAGAUUGCCCUCGGGGCUGCCGAAGGCCUUUGCUAUCUUCACGAAGGUUGCCAGAGGCGAAUCAUCCAUAAAGAUAUCAAGCCUGCAAACAUAUUGCUUUCAGAGGACUUCGACGCUCAGAUAUCUGAUUUUGGUCUUUCAAAGUGGUUACCUAAUCAAUGGACUCAUCACAUUGUCUCUAAAGUAGAAGGCACAUUCGGUUACCUUCCUCCCGAGUUCUUCUUGCAUGGCAUAGUGAAUGAAAAAACGGAUGUCUUUGCUUUCGGAGUAGUGCUAUUGGAACUUGUUACCGGGAGGCAAGCUCUCGAUAGUUCACAGAAAAGCCUUAUUAUGUGGGCAAACCCUUUGAUCAGAGAAAACAAGAUCGAACAACUUGUUGAUCCAUCUCUACGGGAUGACUACGACUCCGAUCAGCUAAACCGUGUUCUAGUUCUAGCUUCUAUUUGCAUAUGUCCAUCCGAAGCGGAUCGACCCCGAAUGAGUCAGGUCGUAGACAUUCUUAAAGGCAAUAACAGCUGCCAGGAGACGCUGAAACAACUCGAAGAAGGCGAUACCUGUGAGGAUUUACUCGAAGAAGAUCCGUGAUGUUGCAGAAGAAUACAACACAAACAUAGUAUUUGAAUGAUAUCUACAGGCAAAUGGAGGCUCUUUUAGGUCACUGUACUGAUGUUUUAAAGUCUGUUCGGUCCUUUGUUUUAUAGCUUGCCUUUGGGUGUCUUUGAAUUCAGUUCUUUUUUCAAUGAAGUUCGUUGGUGUGGCUUCAUGUUAACAAUGAACCCUAAUUCGAGGGGUAAUUUGGGUUAGAUUAUUCUUACAAACCCUAAAUUCUUCUAACAUUUGUAACAAUUUAGAUCAAAUAUUAUGUUUGAAAAAUAAACUUAAACAAAAAUAGUUAAAUAUCUAACAUUCAAGAUCGGACUUAGCCCGGUUUACUUUUUAA